AUGGGACAAGAUUAUUUUAUGCAGAAACAUAUCAAACCUAAUAGGAUUGCAAAAUACAAAAGACCGAGAAAUUUAUAUUUUGCAGUGAUUGGAGCAACGAUAUCUCUAAAAAGCAGCGAUGAUCGUCUAACACGUCUUGUAGAAGAAACUACUAAAAGAGUUUUCAAAGCUGCUUUAAAAGAAAGUGGGGAUAAAGAACUGACUUCAAAAGUUGUAGCAGCUGUUCAGAAAAUCUUACAGGAGGUCGAACACUUCGACGGUGUUGCUAUUUCUGAUGUAGAAACGCAUUGCAUCAGGCUGACAAUAAGAUGUAAGACUUGUCGUGGAUUACUGGAACUACUGAAGUAUUUUGAAAGCGAUUCAUUCAAGGAAACACUCAAAGAAUUGUGCUCAGCUUUAGAAGAAGAGUAUCAUUGUCGUUUUAUCAUCACGGUAGAGAUAACAAAAGAAAGCCUGGAAGAAAUUAUGAACAACCUUAAAAAAGAUAUGUCUGAGAGCAUGGAAGAGGAACAAUAUCAAAAGGAAGAUGACUUGCAAAACAGACAACAGGUUCAUCAUGACAACUCCUCUGUUAAGGACUUUAUUGUCACAGACAGGAAAGUGAAGAUAAUUAUUCCAUUUAGGUCUUCGUACGAAAAUUUCGAGCGAAAAUGUAAGACGUGGUUUAACAUUCCUGAACAAAUACGGGUGGUUUUCUUUGUGACAGUCGGCGACGAGGAAAUACAGCUAGACAACGAUGCGAUUGCGACUCAACCACGCUUGACAAAACUUAUCAUAGAAGAAAAUAUAACAGGUUUUUCUGAACACAUGAAAGAGAAAGGAGCGAUAAAACAAAGCAUGUCGGUAGGGAGUACGACCACGACCAUAAAAGAAGGGCUGAGAAAAAGUCAAAACAUUAACUACAAAAUCACACAUGAACAAGGAAUUCAACAAACAGAUGAUCGUACGGAAGGUAUCGUAUCUGGAGACAAUGGAAAGGAUUCUGUGUUCUCGCCUUUAAAGAAGGUAACAGGUGAAGAAACGAGCGCAUCAGCAUCCGGAUGCAUGUCAAUUCCAGAGCUAGAUUCGGAUGAUGAGGAAAUUUUGUCGUUAGAGAAAGAAUUGGACGCUUUGGAAAAAGAUGAAAUCAAGCUGAGGAAGGUAAAGCAAAAAGAAGAGCUACGACAAAAAGUUAUACAGAAAAGGAAAGAGGUCAAUGCACUAAAAGGUUUGGACAUUUCUUCUUCUAUAUUCAAAUUAAGUUCAACUUCAGUCAACGAACAAGUCAUUGAUAAGAAACCUCUAAAUUAAAUAGUAAAAGUGUGCUAGACUUGGCGCCUAUCACGACUGCAGAUUUAAGGAAAUCAAAAUCGCUCAGGAAACGGUCCAACAAACAUUUAAAAGAAUUAGGCUUACAGGUUGAUUCAAGUGAAUCAAGUUCGGACAGUUCCGAUUCGGAUAGUGACUCUG